UUCCGCUGGCAUGCUGUUAUUUGACGAGCCGAGCGCCUCCCUGGAUCCUACAGCCGAACAUACCAUGAUAUUUUCCACUCACCGGUUUGGAAAUCUCACCCAACAUGCGAACCUCAUUUUGUACAUCGAUGAAACUGUCCAGGAAGCAGGGACGCACGAUGAACUUAUGAAGAAAGGGGGGGAGUAUGCUCGUAUUUGGAAUCUACAAGCUAAACCUUUCAUUUAACGACCAGAUACCGGGACCAUAACGAUACCCCGGUUUGUUUUGUACCACAAGUCAUCCCUCACAAUGCGCUCAUGUGCAGUCGCGUAGGUGAUGGUAUACAGGUGAGAAUGAUACAAAUGGGAAUCAGUUUGCUGCUGCCGUUACUUGCCUUCAGAAUAUUUGUUACUAUUUGGCAGUUGUGUGAUAUCACAAUU